CUUCACUGUCUCGCGGUCUUUCUCUCUCUGGCAGCUGACUCUCGGCUGGACAGUCCUGAAGACGAAGCCAGGCCUUUUUCUUCAGGACUGGUUUGGAUUGAGAGCAAACAAUUAGAGGUUUUGGCCCACCAUUGAUCGACACCCAACAACAGGGAGGACACCUACACCGCUUUUCUUCAUGGUGGAUAAAAGGAGGCGACAUGUCGAGACCCCCUUCAUUGCAGACAACUCCUCAGACCUACAGGGUCAACGACAGAGACCUGACUGAAAUUGAGCUCCAUUCUGUGGACUCCAUUAGCGACCUUCACCGGACACACCCGGAACACAACCACAAAGAAUAUGGUCCGCCUAGUAUACACAGUUGUAUGCUGUUCAAAAGGUACAUACACUGUGAUUCCAGGAUCGAGGCCCCCCCGGCCCACGUAUACGCCGUCUGUGAAUGGACACGUGCGCCACGUGACCGGCGCGGGCCGACAAGGGGGUCAGUGGCCGAGCGGUAUUCAGGACAUGCUGAGUGGGAGCUGGUCCCGAGUGUACGCCAUGGCGUGUGGCGUCACCACCCUGCUCCUCAUCACCCUCCUGCUCAUGUUCUACUUCCUGGUGCAACAGGGCAGCGUGCUGUGGAGGCUGACGGACGCCGUCAGGGACAAGGAGGCCAACACCGCAGAACUCUCCCUGCUCAUCCAGCAACUACAACAGCUGACACGCAACCUGACGGCCACUAGAGGGCCCACGUGAGAGGAGGAGGCGGAGCCAACCAAUUCGUUAUGCCCAACAAAGAAAAACUGCUGAUUUGACGGAUAAUACUUUUAUCUUUACUUUAUUGUCCUGAUAUUUGACAUUUUUAAAUUGGAAAAUAUAAGUUUUAAUGUUUGCAAGCUUUACAAUGAACAACUUUGACGCGUG